AUGGUAAAACAGCGUAUGACCGCACUGGAUGUGCGGGCCUCUGUAGAGGAGAUGCGAUCAUCACUUGUUGGACUUCGUCUAUUGAAUAUAUAUGAUAUUUCCCCAAAAAUGUUUCUCUUUAAGUUUGGACAUGGUGAGAAUAAAAAAACAAUGAUACUAGAAACGGGUGUACGUAUGCACCUCACUCAAUUAGUACGUGAAAAACCAAAAGUCCCCUCUCAAUUUACACUUAAACUCCGUAAACAUGUACGUGCCUGGCGUCUGGAUUCGGUAACACAACUCCAACACGAUCGUACAGUGGAUUUCCGCUUUGGGGUUUCAGAAGAUGCCUCUUAUCAUAUUAUUAUUGAAUUGUUUUCAAAGGGUAAUAUUAUACUUACAGAUCAUGAAUAUCGUAUCAUGUUACUUCUACGUACACACAGAGAUGAUGAUAUUAAGAUGUGUGUACGGGAGUUGUAUCCCGUAACGAGUGCCUUUGAUGAACAACAGGCAAAGGAACAGAAGGAACGGGAAGCAAACUGUAGUGAUAUGAUGAUAGUGAAAGCCCAACGUACAGAGGCACUACGGCAAGAGUGGAAUAGUGUAUUUACACGACAUGCAGAUUAUGAAACUACACGAUCUACACUUUCUGCUGUACAUCACUUUGGUCCCUCCCUUGCAGAUCACAUCUUAGCGGUAACAGGUGUAAAGAAUGUAAAGAAGGGAGAUAUGACUUGUAGUGGAGAGGAACUGUUUACACAAUUAUUACCUGGGAUGUUGGAGGCUUGGGAAAUUGCCUAUUCCGCUCUCCCACCAGGUGGAUACUUGAUUCGUAAUAUUAAACAGAAAAAAGAUCGUAAAGGUAAAUCGGAUAUUCAACAGAAACAAGAAGAAGAAGAAGCAGAAAAACAGAAAGAAGAGCCAAAUUCUACUAAUACGAUGAUAGAUGCCACGACUGGAGGUUCAAUGUCUGUGCAGGCUGCACACUAUGAUGACUUUAGUCCUGUGUUAUUAGCACAAUACCGUGGAGAUGGAGUUGUGACAUCCUUUUUACCAAGUUUUGGUAAUGUAUGUGAUACCUUCUUUCUCUCUACAGAGACUGAGAAGAUUGAUCAACAUAAUGAGAAAAAGACAACCACUGUACUUUCAAAGCGGGAAAGGUUUGAACGUGAUCAUCAACGUCGUAUUAAUGCAUUAGAGCGUCAAGAAGAAGAAAAUCAACGUAAAGGUGAGUGUAUUAUUCACAAUGCGGAUAAAGUAGAUGAGGCUAUUGGACUUAUAAAUGGUGCACUUGCUGCUGGAAUUCAAUGGGAUGCAUUACGUCGAUUACUUAAACAACGUCAUGCGGAAGGUCAUCCAGUAGCCUAUAUGGUACAUGAACUUUUCCUUGAACGUAAUAGUAUCUCUGUUUUACUUCUUCAUGAGAAGGAAGAUACCGAUAGUACUACUGGUAAAAAAGAUAAUAAUAAUAAGGAUAAUAAAGAGGAUGAUGAGGAUGAGGAUGAGGAUGAGGAAGAAGAUGAAGAAAAGGAAGAUAACAGGAUACCUCUUGUUGUUGAGGUAGAACUCAGCAAGACGGCGUACGCUAAUGCGACAACUUAUUUUGCAAAGAAAAAAGCUAAUCGUGCAAAACAUGAAAAAACUGUUGCUGCCACUGCAAAAGCACUAGCAGGUGCAGAAAAGAAAGGAGAACGUGUAGCGGCAAAACAACAAAUGAAAAAGGCUAUUAUAAAAGAAAGACAUCGCUGUUGGUGGGAAAAGUUUGCAUGGUUUCGUACCUCCUGUGGUGAUCUUGUCAUUCAAGGAAGAGAUGUAGCCACAACGGAGAUUCUCAUCCGACGCGUUAUGCAACUUGGAGAUAUUUUUGUACAUUGUGAUGUUGAAGGUGCUUUCCCAUGUUUACUACGACCAGCAGAUCCUGUUUGGAUGAAUGCAAAGACCACUAAACCUUCACAUGGACAAGUUCAACAAACAUGGGCAGUUCAUUUAACAAGUUUAGAUGAGGCUGGUGGGUGGUGUGUGAGUCGUAGUUCUGCAUGGGAGAGUAAGUUUAGUAUUGGGGCAUGGUGGGUGUAUGCCUCUCAGAUUGUGGGAGGAACGGCAAGUGGUUGUUAUUUAUUGGAAGGUGAGAAACAUUACUUACGACCACAACCCCUCACAUUAGCCUGUGGUCUUCUCUUUCAUGUAACCUCACGAACGAUUAACCCACAAGAUGGACAGGAAUUACCAAACUUCAUUUCACACAAUAAUAAUACUAAUACUACUAAUAAUAAUGAUAAUGAUAAUAAUAUUGAAAAGAAGGAUGAUGAAGAAGAAGAGGAUCAAGAUAACAGUGGAUUAUUUCUCCCUCCAGACACCGCCUCUGCAUUACACCCAUUACCAUCAGUGGAGGAACUCCGUGGACCACGACGUCCUCCGCAGCAUAAUCAACAUAAUCAACAAAAACAACAACGUGGGGGUCCUCCAUCUAGUAAAGGUAAUCAGAAGGCCCCACCGGUUUUCACGAAUGCAUCAACAACAACAACAAUGGAAGAAGCUACUGUUACUACUGUAUCAUCAACUAAUAAUAAUCAGCAACGAACAAAAUAUCAGCGGAAGAAACUUAAAAAGAUUCAGGAAAAGUACAAGGAUCAAGAUGAUGAAGACCGUCUGCGUGGUGCUUUCCUUAAUGGCAAUAAACUUUCAAAGAUUCAAUUGGAAUUAUUAGCACUGGAGCGAAAUAAGGAAAAACACCAUGACCCUCAACAACCUCCUCCUCUCCCUGCAGAAACCACCAAACAUGAGAAGAAUAAAGGAGAAAAGAAGAAGAAACAAACGGAAAAGGUAGCAUCAGAAUCAGAUCAUGAAAAUGAUGAUGAUCAUGAAGAACAUGAAGAACACUCUUCUUCACCUGGAAGCAAUGCAUCCAUAGAGGGAAAAGGAGAAGAAAGGGAGGAACAAGAGCAAGAAGAAGAAAAAGAACAAAAAGAAGAAGAACAGAAACAACAGCACCAAAAACAGAAAAAAGAUAAAAACCAACCAGAUUCUCGUGCCUCUGCAGAGGCUGUGGAAGCCUUACGUGCUGCCAACAAUGCAGAGUUUCGACGUGAAUGGGGACACUUCACAGCACGGCCGCAGCCAACAGAUCACAUUGACUACGUUGUGCCGAUGUGUGCCCCAAUGAGUUGCUGUGCGACUGCCUACAAAUACCGCACGGAACUCUUCUGCGGUACGGCGAAGAAGGGACAAGUGGCGGGUGGACUGCAAGCACAAUUUAUAUCCCUAACGGCUAAUGCUGAGAACGCAUCGGAGGUGCAGGCAGUACGGUCGUUGGAUGUAAAUGAUGUGAUGGAGCAACUUCGGGGAAACUUAAAGCGACUUAACGCUAAAUUGGUGAAGUGA